UCGAGCUUCAUGAUCUGCACCUCUGCAAUCAUGCACGCUUUAUGCCGAAUGGGAUUCACGGUAAACACCGCGAAGGUGGCACGGGCACGGAGCAGCAACCCCCACGCAACUCCCCCAAGUUGUUAGCGCGUGCGUGUGUGUGUGUGUGUAUGUGUGUGGAGCAGGAGGCGGGCUGUCUUGUUUACCAAAAAUGACUCGAUAUGGCUGUGGCUUCGACUCGACAUACACGGCUUUGCGAGCGACCCUGGAAACCAUAACUAGUUGAGAGAGGGAGCUGCAAAUCAUCUUAAUGAAAGUCACAAGCGGGGUUGAAUGGCCAUGGACCCAUUCAGCCAGCUUAUCCUCGCCAUCUCCGUGACCAGUUUCCUCACCUUUCAGUGGCUCUUCCACAAAGUCAGCCCUUGGAUGUCCCUGCGCGUCAGCCCCGGCUUCCUCAGCCUCAGUGACAAGCAGAAGGUGGAAUGGAACUCAAGGACAGUGUCAACUUUUCACGCACUAUUGGUGGGAAUCUUCUGUCUCUACAUCUUGUUCUUCAAUGAUGCUGUCAAUGAAGACCCAGUCUGGGGAGAUCCUACACUGGUGAAGACUAAUGUUGCCAUCACAACAGGCUACCUCAUAUCUGAUCUGCUGCUAAUAUUUUACUAUUGGAAGGCGAUAGGAGACAAGUUUUUUGUAGUUCACCAUCUGGCAGCGUUGUAUGCUUACUACUAUGUACUGGGCCAAGGAAUGUUGCCUUAUUUUGCUAACUUCCGUCUACUCGCUGAGUUUUCUACACCAUGUGUGAACCAGCGCUGGUUCUUUGAGGUGUUAGGUUAUCCCAAGUCCUCCCGGCCCAACAUGGCAAAUGGUGUUGCCAUGGCUGUUGUCUUUUUCAUGGUCCGCAUUGCCGUCAUGCCAGUCUACUACGGUCGUAUGUAUGCAGUCUAUGGCACUGAGGCCUUCUACCUUGUGCCCUGGGGUGGCCGUGUAGCUUGGAUCUGCUCCAGCAUCUGCUUGGACAUCAUGAACGUUAUGUGGAUGCACAAAAUCGCCCGUGGCUGCUACAAGGUGUUGCGCUCGGCACACAAGAGCAAAACUGGCGCACCUCAGGAGAAUGGGAAGGCGGAUUAAGGAAACCAAGGUCUCAGCAGUGCGAAAACACCACAGUAAAGACAAAGACGUCAUUCUCAGUGCAUUGAUGAGCAGCAGUUUGGACCCCUACAUGUCAAGCUGCUUUGGUAGUAGCACACCCGGGACUUGUGACAUUACAGGGCCAAAUGUAAUGAGGGAAAACAGAUUUUUUUUCUUUUUGGGAAUGCGGGCACAGUCACUGAGAUGUACCAAUGGACCAUUUAACUGGCCAUCCCUAAGCCAUGAAAUGACGUCUUAGCAAUACUCUGUGUGCAUGGCCAAUAAUUUUUUUCUUGAACAAUUUACCACUACACAAAGGAGGUCAUCCUGGGACAGUGGACUGUUAGCCCAACCACAAAUUGUCAAAAAGUUUACCUUUCUUUACAUAUUUAUUGCUCAACAAAAGACUUUUAAAUUUUAAGUUUGUGUUGGUGAUGAAUUAUCAUCUAGAUUUGCAAGCAAGAUUUGAGGGAACCUCCAAAACAUUUAGUGAUUCCACAAUAAUGAUCAGUUCCAUAAAAUCAUCAUCAGAUACCCGUUGAAGUAGAAGGGUCAAGCAUCCUUUUUUUUUUCUUUCUUCUUGAAAUGAAUUUGCAGGGGCUUGUUUGAGAAAGGAAUAAGUAUGGAUAAAUCACAGAUAGCUCAUUUCAUUACUCAUCCGCUGUCAUUCAGUUAAAAGUGUCAUUUCAAAAGCAAGUCUUUAAGAAAUGGAAUAUUUUGUGUCUUGGUUUCAUUUGUGGUUGAAUGGUUAAUUUAAAUAAUCUAGGGUUUGAGCGGGCAUUGGUACUUUCUUUGGUCUUACAGGGAUCAAGGCAAAUGGGUUUUUAAAGACAAACAGUUAAACAGGACUCUGAUGUACAGGGUACAUCAGUACAGAAGUGCUAAAAGGGAAACUGAAUGUCAAUACUGUGGUUUUUACUCUGACAUGAAGAAAUGCAAGGACAGAAAUUCUCCUUAAAGGCCACAGUUAACAUUUGAUCUGUAAAUCCACAUGAUUUAAUGUUUAUACAGCCUGAAAUGUUUCACAUUUAUGCAUAAAGGUUUGAUGGGAGAUGUUAGCAGGAUUCUGGCACUACUUUUUCCAUCAUUGGGCGGUUUAUAUAAUAUACACACUUCCUAUUUAUGAUAUCUUUUUAGGCAGAAAAUGUUAAUUUUACCCCAGGGGAACAAUCACCAACAAACUGCAUGCUGCCGUGUGUGUUUUCCAUGAAAGAAUCGAGGAGUUUGGCCAGGAAAUUCUAUUCAGUACAUGAUUUUCAUUUACAUUUAUUUGUAAAGAUUUUAGUUUUGUGUAAAAUCCAAGACAGUAAUUAGUAUUUUGGAUAGCAGGUUUAUGUCAGAAAUAUUUUGUAAUUGUUAAAGAGCAUUGUGAUGAAAAAUAGCUUCUGCCUCAUGUUAUAUAUAAUUUCCAGUCAGCAGUUAAUGUGCACUUCCAUAUUUAUACAUCUCAGUACAAGUACAAGGAUGGUGUUUUGUUUUCAGCGGCUCUGAAUAUUUUGAAGAAGUUGUGAAGAUUCACAUGUUUUGUAAUUCACAUGUAAUUGUUUUCUUUAGCAUCUUUCUACUGACCAUCACACAGCACUGAACACAUGGAACAGUUCAGCUCAAAGGUAUUUAAGACAAAUGCAUCAUUUGUUCAGAUCCAACGUUGCAAUUCAGCAAUGAAUUAUGAAACAUGCACUUUGAAUUUUCAUUGUAAAUGUGUCUUUUUAUGAUCUGUGCAUCAAAAGCUGUCAAAUGUUUGUGAGACAGAAACAGGGAUUGCUAGUUUUUAAAAGUACGCCUUGCUAUGUUCAGAAUUUGAUUUUGUUGCCUUUUUAAAACAAAUUAUGAUUGCACAGUGAAUAUUUUGUUACACCCAACUUCUCACAACACUGUGAUUUACAUGUGUUUUCCAUGUCUGAUGCUCAUCUAAUGUGAUUGUUUUGCCUUUGUAAUAGAUUGAUUUUUUUGCUUUUGUGCUUUUGCUUUUGUUAGAAUUUUUUAAAAAUUUUCAAAAUUUUAUGUUACUUGUAUGUGCCAGUGCUUGAGCCAUUACUACUCCAUGGUGAAAACUUGUGGAAUCAUCAUGGGAUGAUGCUGGGUUUUGUUUUUUGUUUGUUUCUCUCCCGUGAAGGAUUUUCAUACAACAGUGCCAACUUACAAACCAUGAUAAUGAGGCUCAUUUUCAGUUUUUUCAUUGUAAAACUUAUCUCAGCUGCACCAUCAAACCAGUGCGUGUGAAACAGGAUGGAUUGACAACAAAUUACUGGGUGCAUGCCAUCUACAUUACAAGUCAAUAUCACUAUCUCACAUCUUAGAAAGGAGUCAAGAUGUGGCGUCUUUCAAUAUUUCAAUGGAAUAAAUUGGAAAUCAUUCGAGGGUUUCAGGACAGCAGGGGACUACCACUUCUGGUAGAAUCAGGGUCAGCUCUGUAUGCAAGGUCAUGCAUGGUCAAUAUUGUCUUCUUCAUGCACCCUCUAUAACUGCAUGUGGUAUUGCAUGGAGAUUGCACUGUAAACAAAAUAGCAUAUACAUGUGCGAGUCUUGGAUUUCUUUUUCUUAGUACAUGUACAUAAUGUUUACUUAAACGUUAUUAUUGUACUGUGCCACAUAAUGUAAUCCACAGAUGAUGAUGAUGGCGUGAUGAGAACAUCACAAAGCAGAUAUUUAGUAGAAUAUCAGGUUCAGUACGUAAUCAGUAAGGGAAUACUUGAAUACUAAUCAGCACAGUUUAUAACAACCUGGGCAGUGCAAAUAAACAUUAAUACUAUGAGCAUGGUGCUGCUGUCAGCUAGUUAAACUGGUGUUGGUGUUUCUGUUCUGAAUGUUGUACGGAGGAGAGAUACGAGUACGUGGAGUGUUUUAGUGACAUUCUGUGAAUGUGUCGGAGAUGAGAAAAUAAUUGAAAUUUACAUUUUCAUUUGUUCAUUACAAUAAAAUACCAAAUUAGCUGAUGUGAUGUGUCAGUCACGGAAAAAAGGUUUGUUGGCACAUUUGAGUACAUAAUGUGUUGUACAUAAUUUGUAUGUAUUUCUUUAUGCUGCCGAGAACAUGAUCAAAGUCAUUGUUGCUGGGUGGGACAUGUUAACAUAAAGAGCCUAAUUAGUCUUAAACACUAUUAUUUUUAAGACGUCCUUUUUUUUUUUUUUUGCUCACGUGAUUUGCUUUGAAGAAAGCAAUAUACAGAAACAUUUCACUGUCAAUAAAUAUUUAGAGUGAA